CGGGCCCCCACCCGGGCGGGCGGCGCGGGAGCCUGUGCGGGGCCCCGCGGGCUGCUCGCGGCGGUCACCGGCGUCUCCUUUUCCGGUCACAGUGCCUCUGGCUGGCCGACAUGACGGCCCCGGCCCGGAGCCCCCUCGCGCCGCUACUGGAGACCCUGGAGGAGCCCUCGGCGUCGCCGGGCGAGCAGACGGACGCUUACCUCACGCUGACCAGUCGAAUGACUGGAGAAGAUGGAAAAGAAGUCCUUAUGGAAAUAGAGAAAAAACUCCCUUGCCUCUACAAAAUUUUAAAGAUUCAUAUUUCCAGUCAGAACUCAGAACUCAGUAGUGCUGCUCUUCAGGCUUUAGGAUUUUGUUUAUAUAAUCCAAAAAUUGCCUCAGGAUUAUCAGAGACAAAUAUUAAGGAACUUCUUUCAAAAUUGAAUGAUAUUGUUAAGAGUUCAGACAAAAAUGUACGCACUCGGGCACUCUGGGUGAUAUCUAAGCAGACAUUUCCCACUGAAAUAAUUGGCAAAGCAGUAUCUAGUAUAAUUGAUUCUUUGGAAAUAAUACUUAAUAAGGGAGAGUUACGUUCUGCUGUUGUUGAUUAUGAAGCAUUAAAUGUCAUCAUCAGGCUAAUCGAACAAGCUCCAAUUCAAAUGGGAGAAGAAUCUGUCAGGUGGGCAAAAUUGGUCAUACCAUUAGUGGUUCAUUCAGCACAAAGGGUACACUUACGGGGAGCAACUGCUUUAGAGAUGGGAAUGCCAUUGUUGCUUCAGAAACAACAAGAAAUAGCAUCUAUCACGGAGCAGCUUAUGACUACGAAAUUGCUUUCAGAACUCCAAAAACUAUUUAUGACUAAAAAUGAGACUUACGUAUUAAAAUUAUGGCCUUUAUUUGUCAAACUUCUUGGGAAGACCUUGCAUCGAAGUGGAAGUUUUAUUAAUUCUCUGUUGCAGCUUGAAGAGCUUGGAUUUCGAAGUGGAGCACCUAUGAUUAAAAAAAUAGCUUUUAUAGCUUGGAAAAGCUUAAUAGAUAAUUUUGCUUUAAAUCCAGAAAUACUAUGUAGUGCAAAAAGACUGAAGUUGUUAAUGCAACCAUUGAGUUCCAUUCAUGUGAGAACAGAAGCUCUAGCACUAACAAAACUAGAAGUCUGGUGGUAUUUGUUGAUGAGACUUGGACCUCACCUUCCAGCUAAUUUUGAACAGGUUUGUGUGCCUCUGAUUCAAAGCACAAUAAGUGUUGAUUCUAGUACUUCACCUCAAGGCAAUUCAUCUCGCAUAGGUACUUCUCCAGCUUUGAAUUCAUCUCCUGCACACAAAGGUGCUUCACCAUAUGGAUCCCCUGGAUCUACCCGGAUGAAUCUCAGUUCAAGUUUUGGUGGAAUGGCCACAAUCCCAUCUAUUCAACUUCUGGGUCUUGAAAUGUUGCUUCAUUUUUUGUUGGGUCCAGAAGUUUUGAAUUUUGCUAAGAAAAACAAACUUGUACUGAGCUUAGAGCCACUGGAAUGUUCCUUAAUCGGCAGCUCCUCUUUCGUUUCUAAACAUGCGAAUACACUUAUCUCUGCUGUUCAGGACAGCUUUGUUACAGUUGGAAAAGAUGCUUCUGAUGUAGUAAUCAAUGCAAUUUGGAAAGAGCUAAUAAGCAUGGUGAAAUCAGUUAUUGAAUCGGGUAACAAGAGAGAGAGACCAGGUUCUGAGGUUUUGACCGUCUUACUGAAAUCUUUGGAAAGCAUAGUGAAGUCGGAAGUAUUUCCUGUAUCUAAAAUACUGGUCCUCAUGGAAAUUACAAUAAAAGGACUUCCACAGAAAGUAUUAGGUUCGCCAGCGUAUCAGGUUGCUAAUAUGGAUAUUCUUAAUGGAACUCCCGCUUUGUUCUUAAUUCAGUUAAUUUUCGGCAAGCUUUUGGAAUAUGGUAUAGAAGACGAAAGGUUUUUUCUCAAUCUGGAAACACUUGUAGGCUGUGUUCUUUCUGGUCCAACUUCACCACUAGCUUUUAGUGACUCUGUUUUAAGUGUUAUUAGUGAAAAUGCAAAGCAUUUGGAAAAUAAGGAGCAUCUCUGGAGAAUGUGGAGUAUUAUAGUCACCCCCUUAACAGAACUGAUUAAUCAGACAAAUGAAGUGAAUCAAGGUGACGCCUUAGAACAUAAUUUUAGUGCCAUCUAUGGUGCACUGACUUUACCAAUAAGCCACAUAUUUUCAGUACAGGCAUUUCCAGUGGCCACUAUGAAAACCUUACUUAAAACUUGGUCAGAGUUAUAUAGAGCAUUUGCCCGUUGUGCUGCUUUGGUGGCAACAGCAGAAGAAAAUUUGUGCUGUGAAGAACUUUCUUCUAAGAUAAUGUCCAGUUUGGAAGAUGAAGAUCUUUCAAAUUUGUUCUUCUUGGAUAGGAUUAUUCAUGUUAUGAAUGUAAUGGUUGAUUGCAUAGACUUCUCACCGUAUAAUAUUAAAUGUCAACCAAAAAUUAAAUCAUCACAGAGACUUUCAUCAGAUUGGUCAAAAAAGAAGAAGGAGCCCUUAGGAAAAUUGGCUGCUUUAUUUAAACUCAUUGUGAGAAUGAUCUUCUCUUUCCACUCACUGAGCCUCAAGGAAGCACAUUCUGAUACUCUGCUCACUGUUGGCAAUUCAAUCACCAACAUUCUUUCCAAUGUACUUGGGCAUAUUUCUUUACCAUCUAUGAUCCGAAAAAUAUUUGCAACUUUAACAAAACCUCUGGUGUUACUCUAUGAAAGUUCAAUGCUUGAUGAAGUUCCUAAAGUUUAUACCUCUAUGAAUAAUAAGUUAGAGAAGCUACUAGGAGAAAUUAUUACUUGUCUACAUGUCAGCUAUACUGGAACUUACGAUAAUGAACUUCUUGAACAAAUCUCCCCAUUAUUAUGCAUAAUAUUUUUGCACAAGAACAAACAGAUUCGAAAACAAAGUGCUCAGUUUUGGAAUGCCACGUUUGCUAAAGAGACAUUGAUUUAUCCUGAAGAGCUAAAACCAAUAUUAAGACAAGUCAAACAGAAAAUUCUACUUCUAUUGCCUGGUUUGGAAAAUGUUGAAGUUACUGAAGAAUCCAGUGAGCCAUAUUCAGAUGCAACAGAAAAUUCACAAUUAAAUAUGAAGAUAAGUGGCAUGGAAAGAAAAUCAAGUGGAAAAAGAGAUUCCUUUUUGACAAAAACAAAGGAAAUGAAAGAAAAUACGAAGCCAUCAGCCAAAUUGAAACUAGAAUCUGCAUCUCCAAAAACAAAGAGUGAAAUGCCCCUGGAAGAAGAAAAGUCUACUGACUUUGUGUUUAUACCUCCUGAAGGAAAGGAACCAAAGGAAAGAAUAUUAACUGAGCACCAGAAAGAAGUACUCAAAACAAAGCGGUGUGAUAUUCCUGCCAUGUACAACAAUUUGGAUGUUUCACAAGACACUUUAUUUUCUCAAUAUACUCAGGAAGAGUCAGUGGAAAAUCCUAUAACUGAAAAGUCAAAGAAAGGUUCCAAGACUUCAAAGGAGGAUCGUAUGGAAAUUGACGCUCCUCAGGUGGAACACUGUGGUAUGGAUGAACAUCUUGAAAAGACUUCCCUUUCAAAUAAUGGUUCUGUUGAGGAAAGCAACCCAGAGAUACUGAGCAAUUUUAAUGAUGCCAGAAAAAAUUCUUUAAAAUCAUCAAAGAAAAUAACUGAUUGCACUUCUAGUGCAGAAAACUCUUUCAGUGUCAAUAGUAGCUCACUUUCUAGUUCCACCAUUUCUGGAAUGUCCCCACAGCCUACAAGUCGAAGGCAAACCUUUAUUACUUUGGAAAAGUUUGAUGGCUCAGAAAAUAGACCUUUCAGUCCAUCUCCCUUGAAUAAUAUGUCAUCAACUAUUACAGUGAAAAGUAAUCAGGAAGGUAUGACUAAAACAAAUCCAUCAAAAGUAAAGAGAAGAGAAGUGACUAUUUUAAAAGCUGAUUCUGAAAAAAUAGUUCAAGGAAUUAAGCGAUUAGGUAGAAGAUCAAGUAAAACUGAGCAAACUGUGAAUAAAAAGUCUAAGUCCUCAGUGACAUCUGAUGAAGAGAAAAACGUCCAGGAUUCUGUUGAUGACACAGGAGUCUCAGAAAAUAAUUCACCUGGUUUGCUUAACCAGUCAGAAUGUGGACUAGGCACUGAGUCUCAUCUUACUGAAUCUGCAGUGGAAUGCGAAGAUGUGACUCUUAAACCACCAAUGGAAAAUUCUGUAUUAGAAAACAAUACUGCAGAAGAGAAAACCUUAGGAAUGAAUUUGGAGUGUAAAGAAAAUACACCCCCAGCUGUAAUGCCUGCAGAGCAGAUAGUAAAUGAGGAUAGUCACAGUCAGAUAACCCCAAAUCAAAAAAUUCUUAGACGAUCUUUAAGGCGACGGUCAGAAACAGUAGAAACAACCACUGAUAGUCAAGAUAAAGAAAAUAAUCAUCAAAAGAAGGAAAAACAUAAGGAAGAAGAAAAAACUCUUCAGAAAAGUCCAUUGCAUGUUAAAGAUGAUGUGCCUAAGCAAAAAUCUGUACAGAUUCCAGAGCAAACUGUACAGGAAAGUUCAGAUGAGAAAGAAGAUCAUUUACAUGAGAAAACUGGUGGCGAAACCAGUGCUAAUGCUGAAAGUGAAAAUGGGAAAAAGCCAGAUCUUGAAAUUCUAAAGUCAGAGGGAGAUAGUUCCCAGGACAUCACAGAUAAGAGCUCUGUAAAACCAGUAAGGGGACGAACACGGUAUCAAACAAGAAGAGCAUCACAGGGCUUGCUGUCUAGCAUUGAAAACUCAGAAUCGGAUAGUUCUGAGGCAAAAGAAGAAAGUUCUAGAAAGAAAAGAUCUGGAAAGUGGAAAAACAAAAGUAGUGAUAGUAUUGAUAUGGAAGAUCAAGAGAAAGAGAUCAAACAGGAAUAUACAAAUGUUGAGAAUCAGAUACACUAUAAAGUAAAUUGUGAAGUAGGUGGAGACAUAAAAUCUCAGAUAUGUGAAGAUAAAGAAAUUAAUACUAAAGCUCUUCAAGAUUCUACCAUUACUACAGGUUUACUGCAAGUUCCUGAUGAUUUAUCAAAUACACAUGAGGGGAAAGUUAAAAUUAGCAAAUGUGCAGAACAUUUUAUGUCAAGCCCUGUACGAGAACCAAACCUCAGGACAAGAAAUGCCAGUAAGAGAUUACAUAAGCGAGACUCUAUGGAUGACAGUAGUUCCGGAGACUCUCCCAAAGUAGGAACUUCAGACAUUUCUCAGCUUUCUGAUAAAACACUCCAAGCACUUGAAUGUCAGCACAAGAGAAGUAGAAGAGUAAGGAGAUCAAAAGGUUGUGAUUGUUGUGGAGAAAAAUUACAAUCUCAGGAAAAGUCAGGUACUGUAUUAAAGAAUGCAGAAAAUGAUGAUGUAAAGAUUAGUGAAACAAAAAAGACAGGCAUACAAACACCUGUAUCGGAAACUUCUAAAGCUAAUCUUAACUCUGAAAUGAAUCUUUCACAUGAGGCUCAUAACAUAAAUUUUGAUAUAGGGCUCAGGGAGAACGAUACUGACAAUGAUUCAUUAAUUAUAUCAGAAAGUGAGUUGAAAGAAAAUACUGUUAAAACUUCUGUUACUCUGGAAAUAACAUGUAAAGAAAAACUGUGUGAUACAGAUUCUGAGGAAGCAACAUUUCCUGAUAGCCAGGAGCCACCCAAUAAAAAAUGUAAAACUGUUGACCCAUGUCUUUCCGAAGACAUUUCACUGGAAUCACCUGCUUUGGAAACCAAAGAAGAAAAGCCAGAACCUAUCUUAAAGAAGGAAUUAAGUACAGAGGACAGUGUUGAUAGGGAAACCAAUUUAUGUAGAGAAAAAUCAGAAGCCAGUUCAGUAGUAGAAGCUAUGGAAUUGGAUAUAGAAAGUGAUAAAUCUGAAUCUAGCUUUUCUGAACAAAAGAAUGCCCAUAGUGCUAUUUCUGAAGUGAAACCUGAGGGAAAUAAUGAAAACAAUGACUCUGAAGUGCUUUCAGCUCAAGAACAGAAUGCCAAAGCAGCAGCUGAGGACUUCCAUUCAGGUGUUGACCAUUCUCAUAAUAUGAAACCGGGUAAAUUGAGUGGUCAGACAGAGAUUUCUGAAGAGGCGACAGUUGAGGCCCUAGAUGGAGGAAGCAGAUAUGAUCCAGGCUCAUCUGAAGGAACCCAUGCUGAAGCAGAAAAUUAUGAAGAAACAGUAAUUGGUGAGGUGAGUCCUGAAGCCAAACAGGUUAGUGAAGAGAAUGGAUACAUGACCGUGAAAGCUUCCGAGCCAGUGGAAACUGAAAUAAAAAGGUUGAAUAUAGAAAUGGACAGCCCGGUGCCUGAAAUUCCAGAGGAAGGAAAAGUUGACUUCAAUAAAACUGAAACAAGUCUUAAACUUCAAUCUGAAGACACAAUAGAGGACAAUCAAAUGGCAAUGGAAAAUGAUGGUGAGAUUUUACAGCAAGUUCAUACUGUGGAGAAAGUACAGGAGCCAUCACCAUCUUUAACAUCUGAGACAGCUCUCUCUGAUCUGAUAACAGAAGACAAUGCCUCUCCUCAAAAAUUAAGGGACCUUGAUCCUUUACUCGUGUCAGCCUGUGAGAGUCCUAGUGGCAUGCAGACACGUUGUGUUUGGUCACCUUUGGCUUCUCCAUCCACCAGCAUUUUAAAGAGAGGACUAAAGAGACCGCAAGAAGAUGAGAGCUCACCUGUUAACAAGGUUCGCCGAGUCUCCUUUGCAGAUCCAAUAUACCAAGCAGGAUUGGCAGAUGAUAUUGAUAGACGAUGUUCUGUCACUAAGCCCCAUGCUUUAACUACUACUUCUAUAGCAAAAAAUGUUAAAACUUCACCUACUUCACAGUAUAAGCAUAAUAUCACUUCAAUCAAAGGAUUUCUGUCCCCAGGAUCACGUAACCCUACAUUUAAGAGCUCAAAGAAGUGUUUAAUUACAGAAAUGACCAAAGAAUCCAUAGCAUGCCCAACAGAAAGUAUCUACCCAGCGUUAGUCAACUGUGUGGCACCAGUUGAAAUAAUUUUACCUCAGAUUACAUCAAACAUGUGGGCAAGAGGACUAGGACAACUCAUUCGUGCCAAGAAUAUAAAAACAAUUGGUGAUUUGAGUACUCUUACAGCAUCUGAAAUUAAAACUCUUCCCAUCCGUUCUCCAAAAGUGUCCAAUGUAAAAAAGGCUCUCAGAAUAUAUCAUGAACAGCAGAUGAAAUCUCGUGGAUUAGAAGAGAUUCCAGUUUUUGACAUUUCUGAAAAAGCAGUAAACGGAAUAGAAAAUAAAUCAAUUUCCUCUGAUGAAGAAAGACUUGCCUCAGAUUUAAUUGAUCCUGUUGCUUUAGAAACUCCGUUACCUAGAAAUCUCCUUGCACAGAUUAGUGCACUUGCUCUUCAACUGGAUUCAGAAGAUCUCCAUAAUUAUUCAGGAAACCAGCUAUUCGAAAUGCAUGAGAAACUUGGUAGCAUGGCAAACUCGAUCAUAAAAAAUCUUCAGGCACGUUGGAAGUCACCAGCUCAUGAAAAUUCCAUUUAGGAUAUUAAAGGAAAAAUUGAAGUUUUUUCCUUUUUUCUUCUUAAAUCACUGGAUUUGUUGAUUUCUAAAUAAGUUCUGAAAGACAGCACAAUUUCAGAGACUGAAUCUUACAAAGUUGGUAACAUCUAAAGCCCGAUAGGAUAAAUGACACUGUCUAAGUCCAAUUUUGUAAGUUCAUCAUAUAGGGUCCUUUAUUCCUGUGUACUCUUGACUGCUAUGCGUAGUUUCUGAAAAUUUAAAUGAUUCUGAAAGGUAGAAAUGAAAACCCAGAAACCAAAACAUUUUAUUUCACCUCUUAAAGUCAUGCAUCUCUGAUGGGAGUUUUUAUGUAAAAUAUCUUAUAUCAAGUAAGUAAAAUUUAAACUUCUAAAUUUUUAGCUGGAGAGAGAUAAAGGUAUUUAUAUUGAUGUAUAUUUGUUGUGUGUGACCUUUAAGGAAAUUUGUUCUAGGUAAAACUUCAAAUGAGACGCAAAAGAGUUGGAAUGUGUUUUGCAGAUACCAACUUUAGACACUAAUAGUUUCAACUUUAGGGCUUAAAAAUUUGAAAGCAGAAUUUCUAGGAUUUCAUUCAUAUUCAUUUGCAUUUGCAAAUAUUCACAGCAGCAUUUGCCUGUGAAUAUAUUCUCACAUGAGACAUAGUAUUUGUUUUUAAAUGCAUGCCUAUUUGUACAUUGUGUAUAGAUUAAUUUUAAUUUAUAAAUUUCAGCUUUCAUUAAUAGCUUGAACUAUUUGCAGCUUGUGAAUACCUUUGUUUUGUUUAAUAGGACUUAUUUUGUAUAUAUUAAAUACUGCUGUCAGUAUGGAAAAUAGAAGUAUUUUGUGGGCUUGCUGCAGAUAUUUGUAGGACUCUGUAUGUACAAAUAAAACAACAAAUAGUUUUAUACUUAGUUAAUGAUCCUAGUUAAAACAUGAAUUUAUUUUCUGAAGUAACCAGAAUGAGUAAAGUUAUAAAAAUAAGAAAGUGUUACAUGACAACUAUUAAACCAUGCCUUUCCCCCCCCUUUGUUUUGGAAGAAGUGGGUAUCGGCCGUUAGAAAGUGUGCCUCCUUACAUUUAAUUUAGUGGGAAGCUAGUAUUUUUAAGUAUUUUUAUUAUAAUGUGUACUGUAAGAAAUCUAGGGUUUGUUACCCACACCUAAAGCAAACUUGGAAGAAAUUUGAAAGCAGUUUUAAAAGUAUGUAUCUUUUGCUUAUUUUUUAAAAAGAGUGUAUAUUUAAUUAAAACAUUUGUAAAUUUUGCCAAUUAGUAUUAGUGCCUAACUUCCCAUAUUUGUCUGGCCUAGUUAACAGUGAGAACACACAUUAUUUGUUCUUUCACUGGAAUGAGCAAGUGUUCUUCACAGUUAACACUUAAUUCAGAACCAACCCCUGCCUGAAAAGGCACAUACUCCUCUACAUGUCAUGGAAAUUUUAACCCUUGUGUCUAGUUAGCUCCUGCAUUCAGAAAAGGACCACCCGGCAGCUACAAUAAAAGUUGAUGCCUUUUUCAUAAUCAUAAAUUUAUUACAUAUAUUUUAUGGUCUAAAUAGGGUAUUCGUGUACCAAGAAUAAUUUUAAAAGAAAUUCUGGGACCUUUGAGCUAAGUCUUUUAAAGCUUGAAAUAAUAAAAAUAAAAUAGGAAUUUUAAAAGCAGAAUUGUUAUUUACAUUAUCAUGUUUUCCCCAAAUUACUUUUGACAAUAAAGGGGCACAUACAUUUUAGUAAACAGUGUAUGAAUGGAAGAGUAAAAAUGUGCUCAUUUUAUGACCGCAUAUUUGUGUGGAACUAAAAUUACUUGCUGUUGAAAUGAUGUUCUUGGGAAGAUGAAUAUUAUAGCAGAAAGUAUAACAUGAUUACCUUUUACUUAAAACCACUGAAUUUGAUGAUAGCUUCUUGUAUUUUUAAAACAUUCUGCAAGAAUGUAUUUUUAAAUAUUUGGGGGGACAAUAAUUUUACAAAAUCUUCAUUGCUGCUAACAGUUGUAAGUAUAUAUUUGAGGUACUUCAUUUUUAAUAUUGCCUUAAAAGUUUUUACAGUUUUCCCGAGUACUAAGUAGCACAGGUAUUAAUCAUUAGCUCCAUGUGUUGUUUCACUGUUAAAGUGAAAUGAAUUUUUUGAGAUAUUUAUUCCUGGUUAAUAAAACUAAUGACAACAGUUAGUGUCAUUUCUUAGUGUAUGCAUUGAUAUAAAGACUUAAUUCGACACAUAAAGUGUAAGUUUUUAUGUUCCAGUAUGGAAUUUGUGGUGCAUUUAAAAUUCAAAAUUUCUGAGAGUCCAUUGCUUAAAAUGCUCUGCUAUUAGAGCAAGUUUGAAAGUAAUGUGGAGUUUUUUGCUCUCCAGCCCCUGUAGAAUGUUAGUCCCGUUAAAUAAUAAUGCUGUCAGAUGUGAUUUUUUUAAAAAUACUUUAAUCUUUAAAAACAUUUUAAUUCCUAGUAUAUUCAGUUUCUGAAUUCUUUGUUUCUGUGUAGCUUGAAAUUGGUUAGAUUCUCUAUCACAUACUCAGAAGACUCAUUAAAAAGCCCAAAAACUUGGAUUAUACUAUGUCUAAAAUAGAAGUGUCAGGACAAGGAAAAAAAAUUUCAAAAUGUUAGUCUGGCUUGGUUGAAAUUUAACAGAAAAUUUGAGCUAAAAAUAUCUUAACAAGUGGCCUUUAUGCCAUUUCUACCCAUAUUAGCUUACUAAUAGUACGAGUGGCCUAGGUUCCAUACCAUUUCUCAUAGUUUAUUUCCUGAGAGAUUGUCAGCUGGCUACGAGGCUAUUAGCAAUGUUGGGUAGAGAUUACAGGUAUGCAUUGAUGUAAAGUAGGGAAAGAAAAAAAGGCUUUCUUUUUUAUCUAUAUAAAAAAAAAAAGUAGGCAACUGCUUUUGCUCAUUAUUCAAAUCUCUAUCUCCAAUCCAUAAGCGCUUUUUAAACAAAGGUCAUGGUGAAAUAAAAGUUUGGAGAGGUAAUCUAUUACCUUAUUGAACACCUUUUAUAAAAUAGGAAGUUUUUAACUAUUUUCUUAUAAGGAACUAUGUUAAGAGGAGUAGGCAAUAUUUUCUCUGAGUUAUGGCUUUAUGUUCUGAUUCUUGUGUUACUAGCACAUUUUUGGUUUAGUAAAUUUUCAAAUGCUAGCCAUUGUUCAGUUUUUAGCAAAGUUGUAUAUUCCAUGUUACGGGGCUUCAUUUUUAUAGUAGACACUGGAAGCAAGACAGCCUUGAGGUCAGUUUGAUGGGAAAGCCCCCAGUGCUGUAUGAUAUCCAGGCUGUGUCAUUCCACUGAAGGUCUCAUGAGACGAGCCUUGUCAUUCCACUGAAGACCUCAUAUGAUUGCUGUUAGGCCUCAAAGUCCUUAUUUUGUUGUGAAAUAAAUCUUGAAAGAUGUCUCUUAAGAGUUAUUCUUGAUCUUGCUAGGACUUUUUAUGUUUCAUAUAUUUAAAUACUUUGUAAAAUUGUCCUCAUCCAGGACACUUGAAAACAUAGCCAUAAGAAGUGAAUGUUUUGCAUAUCAUCAUUUUUAAAAAGCUGAUAAAAUGAGUUAUUUGGUUAAAAUCUAUAGAUAUUUGCUUAGUCAAAUAUCUAAAAGAAUUAAAUUUCACCUUCUUGAAAUAAAAUACUAAAUUUUACCAUAUAAUUUUUAAUCACUUUCCUCUAAUCUACCCAAGCCUUUAACCAAAGAAAAUGGCAUGAAGUGCCAUGUGUUAAAUUCUUAACCCCUGAGAUACCCUAUUUGAAUGAGUUAUCGGUCCCUUUAUCCAAAAAAGUAUAAAAUUGAAGGCAGUAAUAGAUAUCACAUGGAAGAAAGAAAAAUCUGCCUAUCUUUUGUCCUCUGCUUGUCUCAAAAGAAAACAUUUUCUGGUCGUGUACCUGUUCAUAAUUGCCAGACUAAGCUAAGCAUGUUCAAUAGCAAAAUUGCAUUCUGGAUAGAAUUUAUUCCUGGUAAGUGACAAGACAGCUAAAAUACUAGUAGGACAGGUCAUUUAAUAAUAUCAAGACAAAUGGACCUCUGUACUUGGAAAAUAGCUGGCAGCCAUUGUUUCCUGAAAGUUCUACAUAACACAGUACUGUAAUUGUACAUAAAUAUCUUGCAUGAUUACUAAAACUUUAGUAUUCAUUCUCUAACAGUAAAUAAUUUGUAGCAAAAGAAAAUAUUUUAAGUGGAGAAAUUGAAGCCAUGGAAUGGAGUGUUUGUGUCAGCAAUUUGGGUAUUUAAAAGCACCUGAAAAGUUAUUUUUAUAGAAUGGGGAUUUUCUUUGAAAAAUAAAAUUAGCAAGUACAUACAUUUUGAGUAUAGAAAAUGGUUUCUAUGUAGAUUAACUUACUGAGUUUUACAGAGUUUGACAAGGUACAAAAUCCUGCCACCUGUUUUUUAUAUAUCCUGUGGAAGCGAAGAAGGGUUUUAUUUUCUAAAUGGUUAAAACAGAAUAAUUUUUGAUAUGAAAAAGUGUCUACAUUUUUAUUGGGAGGCCAUUUUUAUUUACAUAAUAUCUCACUGCUUUCUUGCUACACCAGCAGAGUGUUCUGAUGGUCUGUGUCUGUAUUGUCUAACAUUCCAUAAUGUAUGUUAUAUGCAUAACGUGAUACGUAGCAUCUAGUCCUUUACAGAGGGUUUGUCAAUCUCCUUUAAAAUGGCAGAAUAGAGAUAUUUGACCCUUGAUUUGUAGUGGUUUAAAUUUUGCUAUGUAAAACCAGAUUUCCCCAGUUUCACAAAUAGGUUAUACAUACACUACCAGUAUUUGUUCUAGAUACACUUUUUCUCCUUAAUUAAGCUCUCCAAAUUGUUGAGUUACCUUGAAUAGUGAAGGACCUUGAUGUUCGAGGGAAAGGCAUCUGGCACUAAUUGGUUAAAUAAAUAACAUCUUGAAAAAAAUUGGGGAGUUUGCUUUCCGUGUUGGUAAAGGAUUGCUUUCUGUUUUAACACUACCUCUUGUGAAUAGACUUGACUAAUGUGCACUUAGUAAAAGACUGAGAAAAGCCAAAACAGUCCUGUAUCAGCUCUAUAAUAUUUUUGUUCCCAUCAUUUGAUUAGCUCUAAGAAAGCUUAGUUUUACAUUAGGAAGUUUAUAUUAGAUAAGUCAAAUGACCUAAGUUGAGAUUUCACAGGAUUACCUGAUCAUUCCUUAAUUUUGGCAUUAGUAGAUGGGAAAUAGUGUGUCCACUUGAUCUGUUAAUACUUUAUACAAUGUUUAAAGCAGGUAACCUUAUACUAAAAGUGCUUUUAGGUCCAUGAUGACAGUUGAAGGAAAUGUUUGUCUGAUCAACAGUAAUCCGUUUUCUUCAUCUAUUGAAAUAGACUGUUACCACUUGCCAAUUGAAACUAAUAUUGAAACUUUUUUUUUAAGAAAUGCACUUUAAUCUGAAAUAAAAGUUUAAAAAAAAGGUUUUGUA